AUUCAACUCAAACUACUGAGCUCGCCUGGAGCUUGCGAGUAAACAGCUUUCUGGAGAAGUACCGGUGUGUUUAAGUUAAAAAUGCUCAAAAAGAAAUCAAGUAGCGCUGAAAAGAAACGGAAACACUCGCAGUCAGAAGAAAGACACGACAGCAACAAGCGAAGAAGUGCGGAAGCUAACUUGGAGGACUCAAAGGAUGAGCUCGCUGACGCAGAGCUGGACAGGAUUGGCAGUGACAUUGAGGAGGGGGGACUUGACCUCAACCUGCUGUUCAAGCCCAUCACUGCUUAUGCCGCUGACAGGCGGGAGAUGCUGGAGCAGUGUCUGCGUGUGCUGGGGGAGAAGAAGCUACGGAGAAUGCUGCCUGAUGAACUCAAGGACUUUAGUUUAGAGGAAAUCAAAAAAAUGUGCUGGGAGCAACUGGAGCCGAUCUCAGAGAAAAAUCUUUUACAGAUCCUAGCAGGAGAAGAACUGACAUCUGGAAAUGGCGACAAAAACACAGAAGAGACUUUGGAGAGCCAGCAAGACAAUAAUGUGGACUCUACAUCUUGCCUCAAAGACGCUGCAAAAACUGAGGACCCUAAGCAAGAGGGUGGCGGUUCAGGAGAGGAGAGCGACGUCCUGAGCAUAAACGCAGACACUUACGAUAGCGACAUAGAAGGGCCCAAAGAGGAGCAGACUGUUAAAGCUGUGGACGGAGCGGUGAAAGUAGCGGACAGCAGCAGGGAAGGCGCUGACCCAGUUGUAAACCCUGACCCAGUGAAACCUAAACCUCCCACGGGCUCUCAACCAGCGGAAGGUGGAAAGAAAGACAUCCAAAGCGACAUAGACAAAAGCGUCAGUGAGAUUUUAGCGUUUUCGUCCUCUUCAAGCAAAGAGGAAGCUAAGGAACAGAGUGCACCUCCGCCGUGCACGGAUGUUAGUUUACCUGUUCAAGGCGCACCUGUUUUGGGGCGCGCGCCUGCAGCGUGUCGGCCGUCGAUUCAGCAACUGGAGCUUCUGGAGCUGGAAAUGAGGGCGAGGGCCAUAAAGGCUCUGAUGAAAGCAAGUGAUGGGAAAAAGCAGAGCGUGACAAAAAAUGUGUAGCAUGUUUUGUGUGUUGUUGGUUGAAUGAUACAUGAAAUCAUGUGGUUCUAUUACUCCAUAUUGGAAUGAUGUUACUUGGGAAGUUAAACACACCAAGGCUUGUCCUACACCUACUGAAUGAAUGUGUCCUGGUAUGAUACACAUAAUGGAGUUUCCAGCUGUAUUUUUGUCUAUGGCCACUAGAUGGCAGUGUUCACCUGCCACAGUACACUCAUGGUAAUGUGUCCAAUAUGAGCAGAAGAGAGCAGGAGAUGAUUUAUCUACUCAUAUAACAGUCAGAAUGGUCACAACAGCUUGAAAGUCAAGUUUCCCUCAAUGAUGUUUUUCAGUUAUACAGUUGGGGUAAAAAUUUGUCAAUUUCGAGUGUGAGAAUAUUGGUUGUUAAGUACGUAGGCCGAGCUUUGCCAGGCAAAGUAGGUGGCGGCAGUGUUGUGCUGUCAUUUACAGUCGACACACCUGCGAUAUUUCUUCACCAAACACCUGUUUGACUUGUCAGGCUGAAGUGUGCACUGGCAUCUCUCUCAUACUUGCAUCUUCUAAAUGUUAAGGCUGGUUUGUUACAACAGGUUAGGCAGAGACAACAAAAAAUACAGCUCCCAUGGCAUUACAGACGAAAUACAGAGGAACCCAAAACUGAAAUAAAUCAAAGAUAAUUAGACCAGCUGUCCUCAACCGAUACAUCAAGUUAAAGAACCCGCCACUGCUAUCCUCUGGAGGAACUUUAAAAUUUUGUCUUUCUGUGCGUCUAUGUAGCGGCUGGAAUUAAUAGCAUCUCUCGCCUAAUGUAGUGUUUUUGCUGUAAUUUAUUCCGAAGCUGCUUUGUUCCUGUAUGUGUGCAAUUACAUGCAGAUGCAGAGCAAAACAGCUCGCAACCCCACUACCCCAAAGGAGACAAUGAAACGUAUGAUAAGAAGCCAGUUGCCUCCUGGGUAUUUGCAUUUAAAAGGGUUAUUUCAUGGGAGGAAAGAGGGUGGAGAGCGUUAAAUGUGUCUUUUUCUAUGCAUGCGUGUGCAGGUAUCUUUGUACUCAUUGAUGAUUUGAAGAGGAAAUCGUCCACUUUAGUAAAAAGGGAUACAUGAUUCUAAAGUGCUGGUAGUGUCUAUGAUUGGUGAGUAUUUAUCUGUGUCAUUUUACUGCUAUUAGAAUGCCAAUUAUGAUUUGGUAUGAGCAGAAAAAUGGCUUUUUAAGCAGGCAUCAAAAUGAGUGGGCUGAAAAAUGGAUUGAUGGAGUUGAGAUGAUGCUGUUUUUGUUGAGGGAGUACUUUUUGAUUUCAAAUGAACCUCUUGAUCCAUGUUAAAAUAUUGAGGUAUGACGCUGCCAUGAAUGGUGCUAUUAUGAAAGUCAAAAAGAAGGUUAUGCAAAAAG